AUGCCUUCAUCAACUUCCUCAGAAUACCGUAUGCCAACCCUUGAAGAAGAGAACUGUGUGAUUUGCGGGGACCUGGUGAAGAGCAAUCGAUUAGGAGCACCAGCCUGUUGGAGUUGUAUGAUAUUUUUUCGAAGAGGUGUCAUUCGAAAAUCUGGCUUCGUAUGCCCUAGAAAUAAAGACUGUUGUGUAGUGAAUGAACUUCGAGUCUCUUGCCGUCACUGCCGGUUCCAAAAAUGUCUCCAAUCUGGGAUGAAGCCAUCUUUUGUUGUCACUCGGGACACUUUGGAACCUCGAACUCCACCGCCAUCCAUCAUAGAUAUCCCCAAAAAUCUUGUGGAACCUCUUGUCAAACUUCAAGACUCUCUAUUAGAAGAUCAUCAGAAGCAGAUGAUACAUCCUUUUAGAAGAGCGACAGUAGCCGAUGUGAAUCAAAUGUUUAAAUGGAGUUUCAAUGAUUCGAUCAAGUGGGCAUCGAAUUUUGAGCCAUUUUUAAGACUGACGAAUGAGCAGCAGAAAUGUGUCAUUUCGGAGUUUGGUUUUGCGUUUUUCAUUAUUGAUCAGGGAUUCGAAAAUGCAAAGCAUUGGCGGAAGAGAUGCUGGAUUUUGCAAAAUGGAACUUUGCUAUACUCGGAUUAUUUUAAAGAACUAGAAGAUAGCAGAGGAAUUUUGGAGUUUGAUCCGGAUUUGAUAAGAUCGCAUUCUGAAUUUGUCGAAUAUCUUGAAACUUCGAUCAAACGGCAAUUCCAAAUUCUUCAGAUUGAUAAAUUUGAAGUCGCGGUUUUGAAAACGCUAUUAUUGUUUUCGAGUUCCUUCCCGAAACGUCACAUUUUUACGGAUUUCCAAGAGAAAACUGACGCUUAUAAGAACAAGUGUUUGGAAGAAUUAAUGGAAUAUUUAUCAGAAAAAUAUCCAACAAGUUGUGAGAUGAGAUUUGGAAAAUUGAUUUUGUUUAUGGGCGAUAUUCGGAAUGCAAUUAAAGUUGUCUAUAAUCAUACGAAAAUUUCGGAUCUUUUCGAUUCGAGAAAGUUUGAUAUGUUUGUUAGGAGCUUUUUCUUGUCUUAA